AUGACAAGAGAUGAAAGCCAGGAAAGAGUGUUAACGGCUGUACCAAUGUAUUCUCCGUGUGGAAGAAGCGGUUUUCAUCCUUCUUUGGGACCUUCGGCUAUACCAACGGAUCAAAUGAUGGUUUUCAAAACGCAAGUUGAAGAUGUUGGAAUGGCUACUGCCCAAGGCGCAAUACCCACUUCUUCUAUGUCAAUGUCUAUGGACAGCUCUGUCAGCAGCAACUUGGAAUACCGAUCCCACGCUGAAGCAAGUCUAAGCGGGGACUAUGUACCAACGGCUGUACCGAUAGGAAGCCCUUGUGGAAGAACAAAACUCCACGUGCCUCUUGGUCCUUCAGCAAUACCUACAGACCAAAUAGUAAUACUGGAUGCUCAAACUACAACUGGAGAUAGCCUCGGUAGCACAACGACCGAGUUCAGUGCAGCAGCGGAAUCUAAUGAUCACAGCACAGAACGGUUGGUGACAGCGUCGCCAAUAGGUACACCGUGUGGCAGAACUAAGUUUCGAGUGCCUCUCGGACCAUCAGCAAUACCUACUGAUCAAAUACUCAAAUUCGAACAACAAAGAACUGUUGUGCCCGAUGGGCUGUCCCCGCUGCGCUCAGCUGUCGGAAAGUCUACCGAUUUUAUAUCACCUAUAGCCGCUUCGGGUACUCGACCACUGAUUGAUCAAUGGAAUCUUGCUAGGAACGACAACAGCGAUACAAAUGUCUCAAAUCGGAAGAAGACAGCAUGUGAACCAUCAGAAGUUAAGGUGCAGCCUUCUGGAGGAAAGACAGCCUUAUCUAAUUCUCCUUUAUCACCUAUUGCAAACACCGCUAGACUUCCAUCUGGUGAUUCAUUGUUCAAGGAAAGUGAAGUGCAAAUGGAUCGUACAGCUGCGCAGCAAAAGCUAAUUGAUCAGAUGCUGAAGAGGAAUCAGUCAGGAGCUACUCAAGAGACCACACCAGAAGGACUACCGCAGGUCGAAGUUAUUAAGCUCUGGCCGCGUGAUGGUAGGCAUACGUAAAA